GCGGUGCGGUGCGCCGCUGACUGGUGGACUGACGGGUCGCGAGUGGGAAAUCCGCCCCGCUCGUGCGACCGAGUGGUGCACGUAUAUAACCGCACCGCUGGCCGGUAGCCCCACCAGUCGACUGUCAGCUCCGGAGCGAACCCUCAGCCAACACAGACUCGAACACGAUGAAGGUGGCCGUGGUUCUGACGCUGCUCGCCGCGCUCCUGGCCGAGCCCUGCUGCGGCCAAGGAGGUUUCUUCCCCCGGCCUGGCUUUGCCCAGGGAUCGGGAGGUGCCAACCUGCUCCAGGCGCAGCAGAGCGGACCUUUCGGAGGCAGCAGCAACCAGUUUGUGUCGUCAAACGCCAAUAGUGUGCUGGUCGGACCGGGCAGCUCGUCCAGUUUCGGUGCCGGCGUCGGCUCGCAGUCUUCCGGUCCUUUCGGCGCCUCCCAGCAGGGGUUCACCACCGGCGGCUCGAACCAGCAGAGCUUUGGAGCAUUCGGCAGAAGGAAGUGAACACGCAUCUUUUGAAACAUCUUUUAGCCCUCAUCUUUUGAAACAUGAUGCGAAACGGAUAAAGUUCCCCGAAGACCAGUUUUUGUCAUGGCGUCUGAAGCGUUUGAUGUCUCGGCGAAGUAGUUCGAAAAAAGUAUGAACCUCGCCGAAUGGUGUUGAAUGAAGAGUGUGUUGAUGUGUUACAGAGUGCAAUACCAAGCUGAUUGUGAAAUGAAUGCAGCUGUGUUUUAUUGACCGUUUGAGCUUGUGCCCGAGAUGAUUGUAGGGAAGCUGUUACAGACUGGCCCUGGUCACUCUUGUUACUGCAGAAUGAAUCCUUUCAUUGAAAACUGCCUACAUGUUUUAUAUUCCAUGGUGAAUAAAUCAUACAUUUUGCAUA